AUGGCAUCUCCCAGUCAGUCAGAGCGCAAGCCGGUCGAUCAGGAAAUACCCCAUCCGAUCCCUGGUCUCAAUGAACUUGGCCCCCGCAUCAGCUACGGUCGGCGUAUCCAGGGCGAGAUACAGUUCCUGUGGCCCGACUUUACGAUGCGCAUGGAACAGCAUGCCCUCCUUCUGAUUGCGGACCCAGAGCAUUUCGAAAAACACGGUUCACUAUCAACCAAUAAGCCUCCGCCAAGCCUGAAAAGACAAUUGGAGGAGGCGUCCCCUUUGGCCAAGCAUUACUGGAUGCAUCACCUUCUACCCUACCAACCGGCGGAUGUAUGGGAGCAUGCCCUAUAUCGAGCACCUAUUUACCGCCCUAACUUGACUGUUGAAGACUACCAAGAUGCAGAAUGGGAGACAUUUUCCCAGACAAUUUACUACGCCCAGCGCUUUCGCACUGAUCCGAAACUCGAAACAGUCUCACUUGAUCCGGACGAGGUCCGCAAGUGUCUGGAGCGUGAUCAAAGCUCCUGCGUGGUCACGCAUCAAACAGGAGCCAAAGUUUUCCCUUUUAUCCCGAUCGGAUGGAACAACAGUGUGGAAAAUAACAACGCCACAGGAACCUUGAAGAACGCGUAUGAGCUUGGCAAAUCUCACAAAGCAUGGAACCUGGUUUGUGUUAGCCCAGAUUUAUACAGUAGUCUCAGACGCGGCUGGUGUGGGUUCAAGUACCACGAGACCAUCCCAAUCGAGGGCGAUGGUGAUGGCGGUCAACUCGGUGGAAGAGUCCAAGUGGUUUUGGUAUUUUACUGGAUGCCCCAGUUGUCCAAAGCACGAUUCAACGAGGUGACUGACGCCACUGACCUGGAGGAUAUCGCAAGAAGCUUCAACGACUUUGUUUCCCAAGGCUGCAAAGAACCUUCUUUUUAUCCGAAGCAGGAUCCAGUACCCCGAUCCGGCGAUAAAGUCUACCUACCGAUGAUAAGGGAAGACGCAGAAAAGCUCAAGUCUGCAGUCAAGGUGCACUGGGCUUGCGUAGUAUAUUUAGCUCUUUGCGGUGGUACCGGGCGACCUCAGUACCUGACUGGUAUGAAUCAGAGCGAUGGGUCCUUGCAGCCUAGGGACAAUGAAUUCGCGCUGCACCAAGCUGCAGAGACCUCAAAGGCUCCAGGGGACCGGUCACACGAUCUCAGUUGA